CCAGAGGAGGCAGUCAGCCAACACGGAGUCUCCGACAUCACUUCACCACAGUGUGGAUACCAUACACAGGUCACACACACACAUACACACACACAAUGCUCUACAUAAAGAUGUUUAGGAAGAUUUAUGAUGACGGAUAGAGCUUCAAAAACCACACAAGGAAUAUAGAUUAACAUGAUGGAUGACGGGGAUGUGAUAUCUUGGUAAACAGCGGCAAUGUAAGAGACAUAUAAGAAGGCAGUUACCGAUGACUCAUGGCGACAAUGUCCCAAACAUGGUCCAUCUUCACUGCUUUUACUGUGCUGGCCGUGCAGCUCUGCACAGGUGAAAAAUCCUGUACCAUCUGGUCCAGUGCUGGACCUGUGGUGCAGCGAGGCUCCAGUUUUGAAGUGUACUGCACCUUUAAUUGCAAGUGCAAGGGAUCCAUGUACAGCUACCAUCCACCCAUACCACAAACCCAUAAAGAAUUCAACUCUACAACUUUAUUUUUGAGUGUGUCAAAAAUAGCCAAGAACCGGACAUACAGCUGCCAGUGUAGCUGUCCUGCUCUGGAUCCAUGUGGACUGGACAUCUCAGCUGGAUACCCACCAGAGAGCCCUAAAAACAUUCAAUGCAUCUACGAAGUCUUAAAUAACGAAAGUGGAGUUGUGUUCUGCACUUGGAAACGUGGACGAGAGACUUAUUUGUGGAACAGUUCUGUGCUGCGGGUGACAACAAUACCUGGAAACCACACAGUUGGACCGGUGACAGCUUCCAGUAAGGGAACUAAUGAACUGAUAGCGAGUUUCAGUGUGUCCAGCUCUGUCCAGCAGAUCUCUGUGCAGGUCCAAGCCCAAAAUGCACUUGGCCCUGCAUGGUCCAUAAUCCACAACUACACACUCAGCGACAUUGCGACGCCAUCCACCCCUGAACUUGGCCAACCCGAUUGCUCAUCUCGUGAGUGUGUCAUCAAAGUCACCCAAUCUGUGAGCACUGAACACCUGGAGAUCCAAUACAGAGAAGAAGCACAGACAUGGACGUCUUAUCCAGACUCUGGUGUGCAGAUGAGUUUGGUACAGGAUCGGUCCAUCUCCUCUCUGGAGCCCUACAGGUUGUACCAUUUCAGAGCCAGAUCCAGAUUCAACACCGGCAGCUGGAGUCAGUGGAGCGCCAACGUUUCUAGUUGGACUCAAGAGGAGGCUCCUGCCAAAGAGCUGGAUGUGUGGUACGCUGAACCCGCCUCUGACUUGAAAUCCCUGAUAGUUUAUUGGAAGGAGCCAAACAUUUCCAUCUCUAGAGGGAAGAUCACUGAGUAUAAACUCGAAGUUCACAACCUAAGCUCUGUAUCGGUCUUCAGCACAAACGUCAGUGCAGAUGUGAGAAAUUAUUCGGUCCAAUUCUGUCCCGACUGUGAAGUGACAGUGUGGUCUUGCAACUCUAAAGGGCUGUCCCCUCCUGCCAGAAUAACAACCCGGCACAAAAAAGCCAAGCCCCUUGAAGUUAAGCACGAACCUGCCGACAACCACAGUGUCACCAUCUCCUGGAGAAAGCCUGAAACUGCACCGGGACAUGCAGCCUAUGUGGUGGAGUUAUACCCGGAGGGCUACAAGCUGGAGGAGCUCAGAUGGGUCAGAGUGAGCAGGAAAGACACCAGAACUGUUAUCACAGGCAUUAAGCCAUUCGAGUGCUAUGAGGGAGCAGUGUAUGUUGUCUAUAAUGAGAGCUCAGUGAGUAGGACCAGAUUUACACGCGUCACCACUUUGGAGUCAGCCCCAGCAGCUGGUCCAAUAGUCCAAGAGGAGGUCGAGGGAAACAAAGUGAAAGUGACCUGGACAGAGAUUCCCAGAGGUCAACGUGGGGGUUGUAUCACCAGCUACACCAUCUAUUUAGAUAACGGCAGCGGAGAUGAGCAGCGCUACUCCAUACCAGGAUCAGAGACGUCACAUAUCAUCACUGACCUGAUUCCAGCCGUCUACAACCUGUGGAUGACUGCUUCAACUGCUGCAGGAGAAGGUCCUGCACGUCAGAAGCUCAAGUUCUACAUCCAGGAGGAGACACAACUAUCCCUCCUUCUAGUGUGUGUAGUCGUCAUCGUCAUCUUGCUGUUUCUCCUGUGUCUGUUCCAGAGUUCAGCCGUAAAGCAGAGGUUCUGCAUGUUUUUCCAGUGCUUGAUGCUCAGUGAUGUACCAGAUCCUGCCAACAGCAAAUGGGCAAAAGAGUGCACCCAGGAGAAGGGUAAAAUGAACCUCCAGCUGCAGCACAGUAACUCCACUGUAACCGAGGAGGAAGAAGAGCCCAUCCUGGUGGAUGUUGAGGAGCUGCCCAAGCAGAGCAGUGACCCCCACGCACCUCCAGACGACUCCUCGCAGAGCCCUCCUCAAACCAGUCUGAGCCCGAUGAGCACACUGCUCUACCCGGCUCUGACCACUUACAUCAAGAGCUUCUCCCACGACUCAGACAGCUCCGACCAAACGCAGACCUCGCUCGACACGACCAUCGACUACAUCUCAUCGCACGGAAUGGGAAAUUUGGAUGAGGAAGAUCAGGAGGAUGAAGAGGAGUUUACAGAAAUGCUGGGCUUCUUCCCCAGUAACAUUGUCUUAGACUCGCUGUCGUUUGGAGGGAAGUUGACUCUGGAUGCAGUCAAAAUCGACUGCAAUGACUUCUUGCAGAAUGACAGUUUUUAAAAGAAGGACUAAAAACUAAAGAAACAGGACACAGUGAGAGGAAGCGAUGACUGGAUUCUUCUUUUUUUUUGGGUCAUGCAUCCAUGAACUAACGUGUUGUGAUGGAAACAGCUCUCCUCUAAUAACCCCUGACUAAAAAAUAGCUUUUGUUUUCAUUUUAUGCAUUACCAUUGUUUCCUCUUGCAGCAUUGGGCACACUAAUACCACGACCGGAAUGAACACAGUACCUACCGGCUGCAAGACAAGAGUGUAUCAGAUUUUGUCAUUUCUGCCAGUUUGAAUAAUUCAUCCAGAUGCUCCUUUUUUCACAGCAAACAAUUUGACAGGUGUUACUGAAAACAUGUCAAACUGAAGCAGCGAAAUGGAAAUAAUUUUAUUAUUUAUAUAUUUUUCCUACUGCGACAGGCAAAAAUGUCUCCUGUCCUGCGUCAAAGGACAAAUGCAUACGCUACCUCAAUCAUAGCUCAACUAAAACAGGAGAAAAGUUAAAUGUCUUUCAGAUGUGUUAGUGGUAAUAUUGCUGUAAGGUGAUUUGUUAUUUUUCUGAAGGUUUGAAUCAUAAACCAGCUGCAACAAUGUUUAUACAUUUUUAAAUAUUUGGACUAGAGCCACACUAGCAGCUCUGUGACGCCGCCAUGUUGUUGGCAGGUUAACGAUGUUCACCAUCUUAGUUUUAGUUUAGUUAUUGUUAGACCAUGAAUCAAACUCGUGGGCACGUAACAUGAAACCAGAUGAAUACUAGCAGGAUCUCUAAAGUCAUGAAUCAUCAAUGCCUCACAGUUAUAACUGAAAGCCAAAAAAUGUUGCAACCUGCUGGUGGCACCAGAGGAAAGGUCAAAGGAUCACCACAAGCUGAACUCACCCACUCUGUGGAUCAUGAAUUAUUUCAUAAUUUCAAGGUCCAAAGUGGUGGACGGACAAACACUGCUGUCCCUGGAGCCAGGCUGCUGGCUGGCACGGUGAAAACCUGAGAUGUUUAAAAAUGUUUAAUCCAGCCUCUACAGGCUGGAAACUGUUCAGCAGCAACUUCUUUAAAUAGAUUUGCAAUGGAUCACUAUCUGUAUUUAAUAAUCAAGUUUACAAUAGCUCAUGUAAUUUCACAGCCUUAAUGGGAGAGUCUGAUUUGUUCGUGUUGUUGAUUUAAAUAAAUGAUUUCAUCCUCUGCA